UAUCAGAAUGACCUCCUGUGAUGGCACCCCAACAUCGGAAACCUGGUGCUGUGGCAUAAAUAACACAGAAUGCUGUAAUUCAGACAAAGCAAUCACAAUUGCGGCGAGUUUCGGCUCUUCAACUUCAACACCUUCAACAUCACCAUCAGGCUCUCCAUCUGCUGACAAUUCCUCCGCGGGUCUCUCAGACGGCGCAAAAGCCGGUAUUGGUGUGGGUGCUGCUGUGGGUAGUAUCGCUAUCAUAGCCGCCGUUUCGUUUUGGUUUAUGCGACGGCGUCGACAAAAAUCGACUGGUGAUGUCGAUAUGACAGAUGUCAUGUCAACAGGGCCUGUUUAUCAGGGUUUUACUGCAGUACAGGAUCAGGGGCCACGGGAGCUAGAUGGGCGUGGCAUGGCGCAUGAGAAGCCGGCUGGCGUGGAGGAUAUAAGACAUGAGCUGCCUGGGGAGUCUGGACACCGGUGAGAACGGAUGUGGUAUUGUGAUGUCUUAGACUAAUUGGGGCGAUAUACUUUUAACGGA